CUAUGAUCACAAUGAAAACAUGAGCCAUCCAAAUUUUUUAUACACAUUUUUGUCGAUAAAACCUUAACCAAUGAAGCACUCAAAGCGGCAAUGGUUCACGCCGGCCGAGAUCGCGGUUCACCACACCGCCGAGGACUGCUGGGUGGCGCUCAACGGGAGAGCCCUGAACCUCACGGAGUGGAUCAAGGAGCAGCUGGCCAGGUGCCGGUGCACUAAGACUUGCAGCUGUGGAGGCCAGGAUCGGUACUGUGAUGAGAACUGCUACGAGAAAUGUCAGUGUAUUGUGAGCGGGUACCAGUAUUGCGAUGCUAGGAGGCUAGCAAUGACAGUCCUAGCGUUCGCCGGCAAAGACAUCAGCUCCUGGUUCAAAGGAGACGACUGGGUCCACUACAUCCACCCCAUCGCCGGCACCCACACGCCCUUCUACCGCUGGGGCCCCGACGCCAAGCAGCCGGUGGUGCCGUCCACAAGAUGGCGUCCGUAUGAAGAACCUCCUUGGUGGCUCGAUGAGAAAUAUGUGGAAGGCUACGUCUCGGCGAAGACCAGGCCUCUUAGGAUCGUUAAUACUUUGACUGGAUCGACUGUAACAUUGGAAGUGUGCUCCGAGGAGUCCAUCUACCAGAUAAUGAUGCGCUACUGCCUGCACAACUCCCACUUCGCGUCCUACACGUGGCGGUACCAGGGCCGCUCGCUGUGCCUCAACAUGACGCUCGCACAGAACGGUAUCCCAGACGAGAGGGACACCUUCAACCAGGUCGGCUUGCCCGACAACUUCUACAUCCCAGCCAUACUGGUCUACUACAACGACGACUUGACGGAAAGCGGGUGUUCCUGCCGACCUGGCAAGAUAGGCUACUGCUGCUGCGGCGACUGCUGGUGCAAGGGCAGCAAGCAGUCUAUUUGUACCUGUCGCGGCUGCUGGUGCAACUACCGCCCGUGGCCGGUCUGCACUUGCGACUACUGCAGGUGCAACAAGCCACCAGAGCCGAAGUGCCGCUGUGGUAAGUGCAUAUGCACAGGCGAUGAUUAUGACGAGUGCGUUUGUGAUAAAUGCACCUGCAAAGGGAAAGUGGAAGAGAUUUGUCCAUGCGUCUACAAGGAGGGCAAGCCGUUGGAAAUCUGCGAAUGUGCUGAGGAAGAUGUAUGUGUGUGUAAGGAGGAACCGCAGGCUGCAUGUGUGUGUCCUGUGGAUGAAUGUGUGUGUAAGGUUAAGGAGCUAUUUGUGUGUUCAUGCGAGGAAGCUGUUGAGGAGACAGUGCCGAGGGUUUCAAGAGUCCUCUCCACUAUUCCGGAGAAUAUCAAUGACAAAAAGUGCACCUGUAAAGACGAAGACAAGUCUGUGUGCUCUUGUGAGAAUGGUGACGAUAAGUAAGUUAUAUGAGACUGGCAGUGAUUUUUAUUAUUUAUUUGUACUUAUUGACUAAUACCUUAACAGCAAGGCCUACUUACAUACUUAAAUAUUUGAUUAGUUUGUUAUAAUUUAACUUACCUCACUGCCUGUGAUUAUUCAUUCAUAAGCCUAUGUUUAAUUACUUAUUAUUGUUUUAUUAUGUUUUGGAAUUGGGCAUGUUCUAUUUUAGUGCAAUUAAUUAUAUAAUUUUAAAUUAUCUAUGAUUCAUUUUAUUUAAUAAACUAUUCAUGAAACUA